AUGGCGACGGGGGCGGUGGCGGCAUUGAGGAACAUGAAGGUAGCGGGAAACUCAAAGAGUCUAGAAGAAGCAAGAGCUCGAGUCUUCGAUUUCUUCAAAUUGGCUUGUAGAUCACUCCCUUCUGUCAUGGAUAUUUACAAUCUCGACGACGUCGUUACUAGGUCUCAGCUUCGCUCCGCUAUCGCCUCUCAGAUCCGCAAGAACUCUCACGUCACCAAUACCAAGGUGAUUGAUAUGCUGCUCUUCAAGGGGAUGGAAGAGCUGGGCAACAUUGUGGAGCAUCAUAAGCAGCGGCAUCACAUUAUUGGCCAGUAUGUACUGGGAAAAGAUGGGAUUUUGCAGGAUUUAUCACCCAAGGAUGAAGGCUCUUCUGAUUUUCUCAAGAACUUCUAUAGUGGCAACUACUUUUGA